GAUAUUAUUUUAGUCAGACUCGCGACCUUAUCCGGGACAGACCUUAUCUGUGUCGAUAAACUAGACGUAUAAUCGGAUUAUUUAUGAUUAGGUUAACUAAAUACAAUAAUAUCUCGAUCCUUAUGUGUUAAGUGUCGUUAACGAGCGGUGUGCAUGCGAGGACCAACAUGGAUUUUUUCGACCUACUUCUGCAAACUGGUUUAAUAACAUCGCUGAUAGUCGGCUAUUUAAUUCUGGUUAAAAAGGCACCGACUAAAAAAGGAUUUUAUUCUGAACAUGGUUGGAACUACCCUCUAAAAUACAUCUGCGCAUUAUUCGCGGUGAAGCGAUGGAAGAAGCAACGGCCCACCCCAGCCUCCGAAGAACUGCCCUCAAGCAAGCUGACAUCUGGGUGGCAGAACCUCAGUGUGCAGGCCACCGGCACAGAUGGCACCACUGUGGUGCUGGGCAUCAGGAGGUGGAGCGAGAGGAAGCAGGCCGCUGAAGUGACCGUGUUUGUGAAGCUGCCCGAUGGAGAGACUUACACGUUGCCUAGACAUCCAGACACGGUCGUGGGCGCGUCAGAAGUGACCGCAGACUCCUGGAGCGCAGGUGGACUAAAGAUCCAGGUGCUGCAGCCUCGCUGGGCUCUCAGGGUGCUGUUUAAUGGACUGCUGACCAGAGCUAGCGAUGGCAAGACCUUGCAUGCACGGUUUAGCUUUAUCUGGAGGUCGGCGUCGCAGCCGCUGCACCACCCCGAGGGCUGGAGCGAGCAGCUCGCGUCGCGAGCCCUGGCUUCAGAGCCGUGGCGCGACGGCCAGUGGAUACACAUGAUAGACCGCUGGUCAGACGGCAGCUGGCACCAAUGGGGCGCCCUCCAAGGCCGCUUCACCACCCACACCGCCGACGGCGCUGAAGACACCAGCGUCUGGCUGCGGGCCCGAGGGGUGAAGGACCUCAGCUGGGCUCCUCACGAGUACCAGGCGCUCAGGAGACACGUGGCGGUGGUGCUCGUGGCCAAAGAUGGGACCAUGGUGCGGCUGAAGGGAGUAAGCUACAAGGAUGUGUUGACGCAAGUUUACUACGGCGACGUGAGGUUCCCCAACUAUGAGGUGUGUCCGAUCACCUCCACGGACCUCAGCCUGCCGCACUACGGCGAGUUCGUCGACGGAGUCCCGGAAAACUCCGCCAUCUCUGUGAGCACAUCCAACGGGCGCACCCUAAGAAUGGUGUUUCGCUUGGAGCAUGCCGGUGGCAAACUGCUGAGCGGGUCUCCGACUCAAUACGAGGUUCACUACAAGACCAUUACUGGCUCUAUAGAGGGCUAUGCUGCUACGGGACUUCUGGAGCUCGGAUAUGUUGUGAAAGAACCCCGAGUGCCCUCAGUGCGUCUCACUCCCCCGCGUUCCCUCAAGUGGCUGUCGAAAGAGGACAUAAAAGGAGCCAUCAGCUACUGCGCAUUCUUCGACACAGACCCCGCCAAGUGCCCCGACCUGGUGGGAGGGAAGGGUGCCUCCCUUGCCUUGCUGGCGAAAAAACAAAGGGAUUUGGGCUACAAAGUUCCACCUGGCUACUGUAUCACGACACUUGCUUUGGAUAAACAGCUGAAAGAAAACCCACAACUUACCAAGUCUAUCAGCGAAAUAGAAGCUUCGAAUGAGGAUUACAUUGAAGAAGUGUUCAAAGAAAAAUGCAAUAAAGCAUCUGCACUUAUAGCAUCCACUGCAUUAGUAACAGAAGUAAAAUCUGAAGUUCUGUCACAUUUGAAGGAGCUAAGGUCCAAAGCGAUACAGGAAAAUCUAGGUCCAGCACUGAGAUUUGCCGUCAGGUCUUCAGCGGUGGGCGAGGACGGCGAGGCUCUAUCAGCGGCGGGGCAGAACGACACGAUCCUGGGCUGCGUGACUGAUGAUGACGUGGUGGGAGCCGUGCAGAGAUGCUGGGCUUCCAUGUUCGCGUUUACUAGCGCGCAUUAUAGGAGACAGAACGGCCAGCCCUGCCUGUGCGGCGGCGGCGUGGUGGUCCAGGCGCUGGUGACCCCCACGGCGGCGGGGGUGCUGUUCACGAGGCACCCCGCCGCCGGGGACCCCGCCAGGCUGCUGAUUACUGCCAACUACGGACUUGGGGAGAGCGUAGUAUCAGGCGCAGUGGAGCCGGACAGCAUCACGGUGGCCCGCUCGGAGCGCGGGGAGGUGUCCAUUGCGGGCAUCGAACUCGGGUCCAAGACGCACCGCGUGGCCGCGCAGGGGUCGGGGGUGACUACUGAAGACGUGCCGGAGAAUGAGAGGAAUGUCGCCUGUAUCACGGAUGAGCAGAUUUUGCAACUGGCAAAGAUGGGAGUAACCCAAGAAGAACUGUGGGGUGCACCCAGAGAUAUUGAAUGGGCGGUUACAAAGGACGCCAUAUACCUGCUACAAGCGCGUCCCAUCACGUCGCUGGAGCGCUGGUCGGACGAGGAGCUGCUGCACGAGAUGGACGACCCCGUCAUGUCGGACGAUGCACUGCUGUCGUUCGCCAACAUCGGGGAGGUGCUGCCGAAGCCAGUCAGUCCACUAAACAUAGACCUGGUGAUGAGGCCGCUGCAGGAGACUAUGACUGAAGUAGUGGAGAAGCCCCCUUCGGUUUACAAGAGGUACACCAUCAUGACCCACUACCGGGGCUGCAUGGAUCUGUUCAAUACCAUCUACCGGCGCGUACCGCCCAAGAUCGACGUGGGCAUGCGCAUGGUGGAGAUGGCGAUCCACGGACACACCGUCGCGGACGCAGACAUCCAUCGCACCGCGACACACGUGCACACGCGGGGGAGGUUCGACCAAGUCGUACUCAUGUAUGGGAUGAUUGAGUCUCUGGUCCUAUCUGGCUGGCACGCAUCCAGAGCGAGGAAGGCAGUAAAGAAGUUGCACUUCGACUUAGAGUCCGAGGAUCCACUUCAACUGCUGGAGUCAGUGACCGGCGCCACCGUGGGACUUACACCGCUCUACCGUCACCACAUGCUCACUUCCAGUGCCAGCACUGCCAGCCAGGUCAUCGCCAUGUCUGUGCUGCUUGAAGGAGGACAAGACUUUACGCCAGAGCAAUGCAACGAGGUCGGCAAGAUGCUGAGCUCGGGCCAGGCAGUAUCAGCCGAAGUCCCGCACGCGCUAGCCAGACUCUCCAAACAACUGAACGCGUCCGACCGAGCUGAAGACUUCCGCAAGGUGGACCCGAAGCAGGGCUUGGACUGGCUGAAGGAGAACAUUCCGCAGUUGCACAAAGACGUCGUGGAGUUUCUGGACGAGCACGGCCAUCGGGCUAUUAUGGAGUUCGACAUCAGAACCCUGCCGUGGGUGCUGGCGCCGGAACAGCUGAUGGAGGCGCUACAGAACAUGCGAGUGGACACAAAGCACGCGACGAGUGAUGUUAGCGACCGCGACCUCAUCGCCUCACUCACCACGCCGACUAAGUCUAGCACGAGAACAGCACUAAGCUGGAUCCUGCCGCUCUCCCGUCGCAUGGUGAUCAACCGCGAGUCCACCAAGGCCAGCCUGAUCCUGGGCAUCCACCGCUUGCGCCUGGCGGUCCGGCGCCUCGGGCGCGCGCUCGCCGCCGCCUGGGGGCUGCCGCAUCCGGACUUGGUCUUCUACUUCCGGUUGUAUGAGCUGGAGACGUAUUUGGAGACGCGCGACCCGGUUUUGUUGAGGAAAGCUCAACUGCGUCGCCAGCACCACGCGGCCUGGUCUCGCCUGUCGUUCGCGGAACUACACCGCGGCUGGCCCGCCCCCGCGCCCCCCGCCGCCCCGCGCCUCGCCUCCGCCGGCGCCAGUUUGAGAGCCACUCCCGUGUGUGCGGGGGAAGUGGUGGCUAGAGCGUGUGUUAUUAAGGAUUUGUCUGAGAUCCACCUGCUGCGGCAGGGCGACGUGCUGGUGACGACGUGCACGGACAUCGGCUGGUCGCCGUACUUCCCGCUCAUCUCGGGUAUCGUCACUGAGCUGGGAGGACUCAUCUCGCACGGCGCAGUAAUAGCCCGUGAGUACGGUCUCCCGUGCAUCGUGGGCGCGGCGGGUGCCACCGACCUGUUCCAAACUGGGGACCUCGUGCGGCUCGCCGGCGCUAGUGGGACCCUGGAUAAGGUAGAGGCUACCGAGGAGGCAGUGCAGGCUAGCGGGGAGGCGGUGCAGGCUAGCGGGUAGGCGGUGCUGCUGCAGGCUACCGGGUAGGCGGUGCUGCUGCAGGCUACUGGGUAGGCUGCACUUAUUGGCUACCGGGUAGGCAGCAGUGCCAGCUACUCAGGAGUACGGCCUACAGGGUAGGCAGAUGGUAUGCGACAGUAUUACGGUGUAAAUAAAGAGUUGUGUAUAUG